CGACAACUGCCAAACUGUCCCAAUUAGAAGCUGACAGCGACCAGUAGGAGCACCUCAACUUUACUCUCCCUUGUGACUUUGUCACUGCUGUUCAUUUUCACCAAACACAUUCAUCAACUGCAAACGAGCCGUUCUUUUUGUCCUUUCAAAGCUAUAUUCAGAUAGCUACCUACACAACUUCACCAUGUCUGGUUCCGGUUACGACGCCGUCGUCGAUGUUGACGAUGAGGUAUGUCAUGGCCCCUCUAGCUAGCUAUCCUUACGAGCUCAAAGCUGCGAUCCCCAACAUCUUGACACUGUAUCUCCUUGACUAAACUGAUAUGAUGCUCAGGGCGACCUCGGACAUACCGAUCUUCAAGAAGACCUCGAGUUCCAUACGUCCAACUUCAAUGAUACAAACCCCAACACCCGCAAACCUCCCUCCAGCGGCGGUGGUCUUCCUCCACCUGCAACGGCCUCGACCGGCUCCGGCUCAUCCAAGCGCUUCCUGUGGAGCAUGAACUUUUAUGCGCAAUUCUUCGAUGUCGACACUUCAGCUGUUCUGUCCCGGUGCUGGGCUGCUCUGUUUCCCAGGGCCAACUUCCUCGACGUUCUUGAGGGCAACCCUGAUCUUUACGGACCCUUCUGGAUCGCCACGACGGUCAUUUUGAUCCUUUUCCUGGGCGGCACUAUCAGCCAGUAUAUGUCAGAUACGGGCAAGGGGCCAUUCCUCUAUGACUUCAAGCUGCUAAGUGGCGCCGCUGGCCUCAUCUAUGGCUAUACUCUCUUCAUUCCUAUGGCUCUCUUCCUCGCCCUCCGUUACUUCGGCAGCGAAUCUGCCAAUCUCCUCGAGUGUUGGGCUUUGUACGGCUACUCCAACCUGAUCUGGGUCCCCGUUGCCCUUAUCAGCUCGUCACCUAUCUCCAUACUCAACUGGGUCUUUGUCGGUGUUGGUUUCGGAAUCUCGGUUGCGUUCUUGCUGCGAAACCUUUACCCCGUGCUCAGCGCCACAGAUCGCCAGGUCAGCAAGGUCCUGCUUGUCGUUGUGGUACUGCUACACGCGGGUCUGGCUCUUGCGAUCAAGAUCCUUUUCUUUGCUCACGGUAGCCCCGUGGCCAGCAAACCGGACGACGGUAAAGAUAGCCGCAUGUUCUAGGAGGUGGUGGGCAAAUCGAUUAGAACCAUGAGAUAGAAGUAAGGAAAUGAAUGACGCGUAAAGAGAAUGUGUAUUCCUAGGCCUCAAUUGCAGUUAAGGUAUAGCCAAAAGGAGUCUCUGGGGAAGCAGAUCUUUGGUCAUUGUUUGUACAAUAAGUUAGAAGGCGCUUUCAUUUGACCAAUCAUUCUGGCAAUAAAUGUCUGCCUUUCAGCAAGCUCUGUCUGUUCAAAACCGUUUCUUAACCUUCUCAACUGGUCCUUUCUGGGCCUCCCAAUCCAGCCAGCUGCCUGCA